CCAAACUCCGCUUCUGGUUACUUCUUUAGUAACAAUGGAUCAUUUUUUUCAAUUUAUUCAGUCUUUAAAAAAAAAAUCUUUGUUGAAGUGUAAAUUUUUUUUAUGACAUCCAUGAUCUGUCUGACUGUCAUCUCUUGUCAAGGACAAGGAAAAUGUUUUUCCUUGUCAAAAAAAGAUAUCAACAAUAAACAUGCAGCAACCUAGUCCAAAUAAUUAUGACCUCUUGAAACCAGAAAGGUGUUAAUUGAGUUAAGCGUAUAGAUUCAGAAUGAAUCAAGAAAUCUUAAUUGACGGGGUACCAGUGCAGAUACCAGCAGGGAACUAUAAAACAGAAUAUUUACCAGAUGGAACUGUACAGAUUGUUGUGUACUCCAACACUACUGUUGAUACCGGAGCAGAGGGAGAGUUCAAAUGGAAAGGACAUUAUUGUCGUACUAUAGGUAUCCAAAACACAACUGUACCACAUCAUAACAGUUAUGAUUUUGCUGACAGUGGUGUUCAGACUGACUUUCCAGUAGAAGAAGACGAAGAAACUACAGUUACAGAAGAUACUAACUUAGAAGUAGAAGAUGAACAAGUAGAAGAGAUGAUUCGGGAUGAAGAAAACCAGGAAAAUUUUGGAAGAGGAAAGAGAAAACGAGGACGUCCUCCAACUACAUUUAAACCUGUUAAACCCAGAAAGUCAUUUUCCAAUGCCAGUGUUAUACAGAAUAUUCAGGAUGACGAGUCUGAGAAAAGUGAUAAAACUGUUCAUAAAUGUGGACUGUGUGGCAUUACUUAUAAACGUAGGGCUAACUGGCAGAAUCAUCUAAAAACUCAUGCAAAAGAGAAAAUUUAUAUGUGUGGUUAUUGUGGAAAUUUGUUUCAGAAGGCCAACUUUCUACAACAUCUGAAGACUCACAAAGACGAGCAAGAUGAAGCUAAUCUGAGACCUAUAAUAGAGACCAAUCCACGUAGACCUGAUCGACCAUCACCUCCACCGCCGCCGCCACCACGGACACCAACACAACAAACACAACAACCAACACACACGGCCCAACCCCCACAACAAACCAUUCAAGAAACAGAAUCAUCUGAUGGAGAAAAACAGUUCAUGGUCAAAAGUCAUCAAGUGACAUUACCAAAUCAACAAGUGGCUACAUUGAUAGAUCUUGGUAAUCUAAUGGAUGUCUCCGUGAACGAGGAUGGUACAAUUGAUGGCGUUGAAACUCCUAAGACAAUAACUGCAGACCCACUGGAUGAGUCUGGUAUAAUGAAUAAUGACCUAGAUUAUAACCCCAGUGAUGGAAUAGAUGAUACUAAGUACAUAUAUAAGUGUAAUGUGUGUGGCAAGGAGUAUAACAGUAAGAGUAACUGCCAUCGUCAUUUGAAGACACAUACUCAUGCCAAAGUUUACAAGUGUAAUGAUUGUGACAAGACAUACAUGCAUCGUUAUGAACUUAAGAUGCACAGGCGUAUUCAUACGGGUGAGAAACCCUACAAAUGUCCCAUCUGUACGAGAGCUUUCAAUGAGAGUGGUAAUCUAAGACGGCACAUGAAGAUCCAUGCCGGUGAUGACACUCCAUAUAAAUGUGGAGUCUGCUUCAAGGGAUUUAGUGACAUGUAUCGUCUCCACGUCCAUCUGAAAGUUCACAGCGGUAAAAUCGUGUGUGAUACGUGUGGAAAAUCAUUCACUAAGAUAUCAGACUUGUAUAGACAUAUUAGAAUCCAUACCGGGGAUAAACCGUACAAAUGUGAUGUAUGUAAGAAGGCGUUUGCUCAGAAAGUGAACUUACAGACACAUUACCGCACACAUACAGGGAAAACACCUUAUCGUUGUGAUAUUUGUAAUUUUGGAUUUAGUCGUAAACAAAUUUUAGACAAUCACAUGAGAGGCCAUGAGGAGGAAGAACUAGAGGAACUAAAAAAACAACAGGAGGAAGAGAAAGAAAGUUCUAAUAUUGAAGAGGAAGAUCAAAUUCAUGUACAGAAUGUGAUGGAUGCUGCAGCCGACAAUGAGGAAGGGUUAAUAGAGGUACCGGAAGACGCACAGGAAGUAGAGACAGGACUAUCGCAGGAAGAACUGGCCCAACUUGUGGCUGCAUCUGUAGUAGAACAUGUAGAAGUAGAACCAACAACCUAAUUUAAAUACAAGAAAAGAAAUGUCAAAAAAAUAAUAUUCUCCGUUAUAUACAUGUAUACAAAACACAAAUAUUAACUUUGUAUUCAAUCAUUGUCAGUAGAGAAAUGUAAUUCAUUUUAGUAAAUCAUUAAUACAAAAAUGUUUAAUUGGUCAGUUUUGCUGGAGUUUAAACGGAAACUACAAAGUUAUUUUUGUAAAUAUUGCUGUCAUGCAGCUCUGUACAUGCAUAUGUGUAGGCAUGAUAUAAAUGAAUUUUCGAAAAAAUGUAAAUGAAAAAAUCCUGGUCAUGUGUAAUGAGAUUAAUAACUUAAUUUCAGGUUCUAUUACAUGUGUGAGAAAAAAAUAUAUAUCAUGUAUAUGU